ACAAACAAAUUUCUCUCUCUUAAACCUAACAGAAAAGCAGUCUUCAGAACCGGAAAUUUCUAGGGUUCAAUCAUCAUCCAUAUCACUCAUCCUGUAAAUAAAACACUGAUUCUAGGGUUUGUAAGCUUCUAAGGAAAGAAAUGAACUGUCGCAGAGUAGCAAAGUCCUUACAGCCUUUCUCGGCUCAUACUUUACUCCUCUGCUUUACCCUCUUGCUCGUUCUCAAAUUGGAUCAUCUUGUCUCCUAUUCUUGGUGGAUUGUCUUCUUCCCGCUUUUCCUAUUUCAUGUAGUUGUUGCCCGAGGAAGAUUCUCUUUACCUGCACCAUCAGCUCUCCAUGACCGUCAUGUAUGACUUUCUUGUACCUUCUUCUGUGGGGAUGAUAAUUAAUAGUGGGUACCGUGUCAUGCAAUUGUAGGCAUGCCUUUGCUUGUUGCAUUUGAACUGCUUCUUUGUAUCUUUCUGGAGAGUGUCUAUGUUAUGCAAGUUCCUGCCGUAAACUUGAAGAUUGUCUUUCUUCCUUUGUUGGCGUUUGAAAUUACAAUUCUUGUUGACAAUGUCAGAAUGUGCAAGGCUUUGCUACCGGGAGAUGAAGAACAUUUGAGUGACGAUGCAAUAUGGGAGACACUUCCUCAUUUCUGGGUUUCUAUUUCCAUGAUCUUCUUCAUUGCUGCUACCUUGUUCACCCUACUGAAGCUAUGUGCAGGUAAUAUAGGUGCUUUAGGCUGGUGGGACCUGUUCAUAAAUUUUGGAAUUGCCGAGUGCUUUGCCUUUCUUGUUUGCACGAAGUGGUCUAAUCCAGCGAUUCGCAGAAAUUCUCAAACACCUGAAGCAAGCUCAUCAUCCACGACUAUUAGAUAUCUUGACUGGAAUAGUGGCUUAGUGGUUUCAUCAAAUGAUAUCUCUGAAGAUAGGACAUGCGGUCUGCAAGACAUCGGUGGUCACAUCACGAAAAUUCCCAUUAUCGCAUUUCAAGUCAUGCUUUGUAUGCACUUAGAGUUUCAGAAAAAACCUGCCGCUGCAAGUUUUAUCCCUCUUCCCAUUGUCUUCUCUCCUUUACUUCUACUGCAAGGAGCAGGAGUUCUCUUUUCUGCAUCUACAUCGGUGGAGAAAAUUAUCAUCUUACUCCGUACUGGGGCUGGCACGGGGAGAUACUUUUUCUUUUCUGCUAGGGUUCAUGACUGCUUUGGGUUUUUGUACCAUGGCUCUAGGUUGCUUGGUUGGUGGUCGAUUGAUGAAGAAAGUCGAGAAGAACAGGCACGAGUUUACCAUGAUGGGGCUUCAGGGUAUAACACUUUCUGUGGAUAUCCACCUGAAGUAGUAAAGAAGAUGCCCAAGAAGGAUCUUGCUAAGGAGGUUUGGAGACUUCAGGCUGCUCUUGCUGAGCAAACCGAGAUCACAAAAGUCAGUCAACAGGAGUACGAAAGACUUCAAAAUGAAAAAAUUCUAUGCAGGGUCUGUUUUGAAAGAGAGAUGAGCUUAGUACUCCUCCCUUGUCGGCAUCGGGUCCUUUGCAGUAUAUGCUCUGAGAAGUGUAAAAAGUGCCCCAUUUGUCGUGUUAGCAUCGAGGAACGAGUGCUUAUAUGUGAUGUAUAGCCUUUCGUUAUCCAUGUGACCCGAAAGUUUAGAACAGAGUCCCAUGGAUACAUAGUUGAAGUUGCAGCUAGUUUUUUUAUGUUGUUCUUUUUGUUAUAUUUUGGUGGGUAAAACGUAAAUAUAUAAAUUCAAAUAUUUCACUUAGAAUAUCUGAGAAGUCACAGUUUUUAGAAUUACUUUGGUCAAAUUAUUUAGUUAGUUCAUAAGGUUUAAAUGAUUCUUUGUA